GUGGGGCGGGCGGUGCGCACGGGAGCUGGACGGGGAGUCAGGGCAGGUUAGGGGAGAGGAUGGGGACUGCUGUGUAGGUGUCUGAGGAGGCCCAUCUCUGAGAAUAAAGCCAUGGAGGAAAAGGGGAUAGAAGAAUCGUGGAGAGACUAAGGCUGAAAUGAAAGCAUGCACAUGAAAGCAGGCGGGAACCAACACGUAAGCAGCAGCGGCAGGGAAAGGUGCAGGGCCAGGUUUCGGGGGCCGGGUCGAGAGCAGGGCGAAGGGGUGUUGGGGAGCAGAUGGGGCCGGGAAUGGAAACGGAGGGGAGACGGGAACGGGAGCGGAGCCGCGGGAGCAGAGCCGGCUGCAGAGCGGGAGCGACUCGACGCCAAGAGGGGCGUCACGGCGGGGGCCCCAGCGCUGGGCGAUGGCACGGGAAGGAGACUCUCCAACAGGACGCCGGGCGUGGCCCACCUCGGAGCGGCGGCGAAGGGGACCGAGAGGGGUGCCAGGAGGCGGAGGUCCCUGGCAGGUGACGUGUGAGUCCUGUGUGUCCUAGAAAGUCCACCGGCAUUUGGGGACCAAGGCCUGCUCAGCGAGGGUCGUUCCUCCUGGGUCAGCCUGGCUGCUCAGGUCCCCUCGUCAGCUGGAAUGCCCUCCCACAUGGCCCGGACGCUGCUGCUCGUCUUCAUCGUCUUCAUCGUACUCCAUCCAGGAUCCUGUGCUCUCUGGGUGUCCCAGCCCCCUGAGGUUCAUGCCCAGGAGGGUGCCGCUGCCCUCGUGCCCUGCUCCUUCAAUGCCAGCCAAGGGACACUGGCCAUUGGCUCUGUCACAUGGUAUCGGGACAUGGUGGCCCCGGGGAAGGAAGUGAGGAAUGGGACCCCAGAGUUCAGGGGCCGCCUGGCCCCUCUUGCCUCUUCCCGCUUCCUCUGUGACCACCAGGCGGAACUGCACAUCCGGGAUACCCGAGGCCCAGACGCCGGCGUCUACGUGUGCCAGGUGGAGGUGCUGGGCCUGGGUGUCGGGACAGGGAACGGGACUCUGCUGGUGGUGGAGAAAGGACCUCCUGGGCCAGGGCCCCUCGCGGCCCUCCUUCUUCGGGCUGGAUUCUAUGCCUUCAGCUUUCUCUCCGUGGCCAUGGGCAGCACCAUCUAUUACCAAGGCAAGUGUGCGUCAUGGAGCCAUGACAAUGGCCUAAGAGAAGGUGGAGCAGCGAGCGCGCUGGAGGGGGGAGACAGAGGCCAAGGCGAGAGGAGCCUCACAGCACCAGGGACUCGGCCACCUCCCUGCCAGGCCACUGCCACCUGGGGACACUGCCGCCUCUUGGAUGCUUCUGAUGAGUGAUUCCAGACCCCAGUGACCCCAGCACUCUUCAGGAGACCCCAAUAAAUCGGCCCCACCACGAA